UUCAUUGGUUUGGUAAAGUGCUCUGAGAGAUGAGAUCGAUAGUUGGCAAUAAUAAACCAUAUAAUCAUGAUAAGAAGAUUGUUGUUCUGUUCCAGACCAACAGCAAUAUCUGGGGUCAUAACGGGAAAAACUUUACCCAUUAGAUACUUGAGCUGCUUCAAAAAAAACGACAAUAAUAAGACUGUUUUGAUAACUCAAGAUCAAACUCCAGUUAAAACUUUCCAGGAAUUAUAUGAUAAAAGAUUGAUUUCUCUGGAUAUUUUGCACUGUUUGCACUCCUUGGGUUUUGCAUAUUUGACUACAACUCAAAGACUAAUUUUGCGGCCAAUAUUAUCUUCUCCUAAGACUUUUGUUGUUUCUGCCGAAACUGGUUCUGGAAAGACACUAUCAUUUAUUCUACCUAUAAUUAAUAAUCUAUUGAAAAAUACCUCCAAACAAACUGCUGAAGAUAUCCAAAUAAAUGAUACAAAUGAUGAAUAUUCUAUUGAUUCGGUUAUUAUCGUUAACACUACCACAUUAGCAAUACAAAUUAACAGCGAAUUUAAUAGAUUUUUUAAUGUUUUGAAUAAGAGCGAGACCAACAAUUUUAAUUUUUCCAGUAUGAUGAUAACUGGUGGUGGUAUGUCAAAAAUUUUACAAUUAAAAUCAGUGAACACUAUCAAACCAAAUGUCAUCAUUGCAACUCCUGGUAGAUUUGUUGAUUUGUUUUUGGCAAGUAAUAAUUGUAAACAUUUAUUCUGCAAUCUAUCUUAUUUAGUGUUUGAUGAAACAGACCAAUUAUUAAAUCCAAUGCAAAAGAUGAAUGUUUAUAAAAUUCAAUCCUAUCUUUACAAAUUGAACAAUUCCCAAAGUGAAUUUAGACAUUUAUACUUUUCUGCAACAAUUGAUGAAAACACUUUAAAUUCAAUUGGCAAUCAUGCAACAAAAUUCAAUAAAUAUUUGGAAAAGAAAUGUGCUGCAAAUCAAGAACUCAUUGAAGCUCCUUUAUUUAUAAAUGCCAAUAAAAACAAUGAUUUGUCCACCAUAAAUAAUUUUAAUACAAGGGAAUCAAUCAAUCAAAGUUUGGUUAUCACUGAUAAUUUAGUAUCGAGUUUUUUUGCGAUGGUUUCAUUUAUCGAAAGUCAAAUUGUUAACAGCAAAAUGCCAAAAGAUAAUAAUAGUAAAACCCAGAAGCAACAGCAUUUUAAAGAUUUGGUUUUCUUACCCACAAUCCUAUCAGUCGAAUUUUUUUAUAUGCUAUUAUUGAAUUAUCUUGAAACUUAUUAUCCAGAUUUAAAGCACAAAAUUAACUAUAAUGUCUUUUACAUCUCCGGGUCUACUACAACUGAAUCAAGAGAAAGAGUCUUGAAAAUAUUCAAAGAGACUGGGAACUCAAUUUUAAUAUCAACUGAUUUAUCAAGUAGAGGAAUGGAUUUUCCAGAUUUAACUAAUGUCUUAAUACUUGGAGCUCAAAAAAACUUUGAAAAUUAUAUUCAUAAAAUCGGUAGAACUUCAAGAGGAUUUUCACUUGAAAAAGCAGAUUCUAUUUUAUAUUUAAGUGAGUUUGAGAAAAAUUACUACAAUAAACUAGUUGAAAAUAAUUUUGUAAACUUUAAUCAUACCUAUCAGUAUGCUAAAAAUUUGGAGUUUGAAAAAAAAUUGUUUGCUAUUAUUCAAAAUGAAAUUAUUUCAACUAAAAAGCAGGAGUAUGUCAAUAAUUUGGAAAAAUUACAAAAAAAACUUGAAAGAGAACAAGAAAAAAGAAAUGAAUUGUCAACAGGAAAAGAAGAUGCUUUAGAGCUUAAAAAUAUCAAUUCUAAUAUUAAUUCGCUAACAAAUAAUAUAACAAAACUUGAAAAAGAAGAAGAUUUUUUGAUAUCUUUGAUCCAAUCACUUUUAUUCUACUACUCAAACUUUUAUAAAAGAUUUAACUUUCCUGAAGAUUCUAUUUUUCAAUCGAUUUCAAAUUUUUUCCAAAUAUGUUCCGGCAAUUUCAAAACCAAACCGAAAAUAGACUCGCUAAUUUGGAAAACCCACUACAAAAUUUAUUCAAGGGACAUUUUAGAAAACUACUUUUUCAUUUCCUCUGACGAUAAAAAAUACUUAAGAAAUCAUAGCCAUAUCAAAAACAGCACAUAUACCAACAACGUCCACAACGUCAAAGGCAACAACUGUUCGCACAGUCUCACCAUCGACGACACUGCUCUUCGAAAGAAAUUGGCUAGUCUUAGAAGCAGAAAGGUAAGCAAUCGAUUUAACGCUAAUUAGCACUAUUUGUAAAUAAACAACUAUAUCCCAACUACUUUAAAUAUUUUAGAAUGAUAUAUUUCUUAUACAUUUCAACACAAACCAAAAUAAUAAGCCAGCUCUGUGGUUCAUGCAUAAAAUACGUAACUACACAUGCACUUGCGUUUCCUGUCACACGACGGAAACUUCCAGAUCUGGAAAUAUCACUGGCUGCCGACGGAACUUCACCGAAGAAACUUUGUUGAUGCGUCCCA